AUGUCUCCUGCGCGGCCCGGGCGGGCCCUGCGCAGCGCGUCGCCUCGCGUCGCCCCGGGCGCAGCGCCCCACACGCCCCCGCGUGCCCCACACGCCUGCGCACGAGCGCCCCCUCCUCCCCCUCCCCCCUCCUCAUCGUACUCCGCGGCGGCGGCAGCGGCGGCGAUUCUGCGAACGGAGAGUCGUCUGGGCGAAGGCAGGCGGAGCGCGCUGGGCGCAGCAGCAGCAGUCAGUCAGUCUCCAGACGCCAGCGCCUCUCCCGCCCCCGCCGCCGCCCCCGCUUCCAGCGCUGCGAGCCUCGCCCGGCGAUGGCACCUUGCGGACGCUGAGCACGUCUCCUCGCCCGCCGCGUUCGCCCGCCCGCGCGCUCUCACGCCGCCGCCAGUGUUUGUUUGGCCCGAGCAGCGGACGCCUCCAGGCCGCGACAGCGCCUCUUGCCAGCCAGUCUUGAUUCGUAACAUUGACAUGUCUGAGAGCGGAGAGGGAGCGACUGCGGCCCCGGCCCCGGCCCCGGCCGCCGCCCCCGACGAGAAGCCGGCGUCGCCCGCGCCCUCCCCCGCGCCCGAGAAGCCCGCGGCGUCGCCCACGCCGCCGCCCGCCGCCAACUGCAAGUCGCCCGCGGCGGCAGCGGCGGCGGCGGCGGCGGCCGCCGACCGCCCGCAGUCGCCCGCCACGCCCAGCACCCCGGGCACGCCCGGGGGCACCCCCUCCUUCAAGGCCCAGUUCCGCGCCUUCUCCAAAUUCGGCGACACCAAGUCGGACGGGAAGCAGAUCACGCUGUCGCAGAGCGACAAGUGGAUGAAGCAGGCCAAGGUGAUCGACGGCAAGAAGAUCACCACCACUGACACCGGCAUCUACUUUAAGAAGCUCAAGGUGAGCUGCGAAAACGUCAUGAGAUCACGGGUCGCAGUUCAGUCAGAACGGUCUAGAUAUUACCUAGAGGACACUGGCUAUGUUCGUCCAUCGCGAUGGCAGCAGAAACUUGGGGUAGACGAUUACACGAAGUUCAUAGAGGACCUCGCCAAAAAUAAGAAAGUGGAAGUAGAGGAAAUCAAAACGAAAAUGUCGUCGUGCGGCGCUCCGGGCCUCACUGCUUCGGCGGCGGGGGCGGCGUCCAAGGCGAGCGCCGCCGUCGACCGGCUGACGGACACGUCUCGCUACACGGGCGCUCACAAGCAGCGCUUCGACGAGGCCGGCAGGGGCAAGGGCAUCGCCGGCCGGAAAGACCUGCACGACGCCUCCGGCUACGUGCACGGCUACCACAACAAGAACACCUACGACAAGACUCACUAGUGCGCCUCGUGCUCUCUUCGGUCUCGCUGAAUUUGGGUGUAUCGUUUCAUUGUGCCGUUCUUAAUAAAUGCAACCAAAUAAUAUUUCGUGAAUACGUGUAUACAGGUAUGGAAAAGAAAGUGGGGUACAUGUAGAAUUACUAAGAAUCGCUCGUUUUGAGGAAUGUUUUUCAGGAUGUCAUUUAAUUUUCCUUUAAAACCACUUAAAAAAGUUAUUGUAUUCCCCUAAAAUGACCCCGCCCCCAAAAAAAGUAAUUUUUGAAAUAUUAAAUGUGAAUUGGGCAUUUCAAAAGAAUUAUCCAACUAAUUUAUGCUUGCAUUAGUGUUUAGGACCAUUUUCAAGUGACUAUAUUUUAGAGAAAUCUGUGCAACAAAAAGUAGGCACUUGAUUACAGCAAUACUAUUAUGCAGUAUAAGUAUUCUUAUAGUUAUAAAUGUGAUACUACUCAGUGGAUGGUUAAUAUUAUAUAAAAUAAAAUCUAUGAAAAUAUCGUUUCCUUAUCCAAUACUUCAUCAAAAAAAUUCAUGAAUCUAUUACUCUUACCGUCACGUGCCUAAGUCAGAGAUACAUAUAAUGCUUGCAUUGUUAUGAGGAGAGGCUUUGCAACAUUUUUGUGUAAAGUACCAAAGCUCAUUGCAUUCAAUAUUGAGUUGAUGUCAAUGAACAAAAUUAAAAUAUAAGUUAAUCCCCUAGUACUAUCUGUGUACUUAGGAAUGUUUGUUUUUUAUUUAUAAUAUAAUUCUCUUUGAUAAUUCAGAAAACCAAAGAAAAAAGGUUUGGUUAUAAUCUCAUCAUGCUAAUCUCAGAAGUUCAAAACUUUAAUUUUAAAUUAUUGAAACAACAGAAAUUUGUUAAUGUUAAGAAAAUCAUGUUGUUAUUAUUUUAAUUUAUGAAUGUACAAAAAAUUUAAUAUUUUAGAAUCUCCUUCAGGUGUUCAAGUUACAGUAAUACAAUAUAAAUGAUAGUAAUGUGAUUAGAUUAUUUUUACUCAUGAAAAAUCGCACAAUCAUGUAAAGCAUUAAAAAAUAAUAUUUUAAAAGAUUUUUGUUAUGCCCAUUUCAUAAUAACUUAAGUGCCUACUAUUUUUGGUAUUGACUCAAGGUAUGUAUCUAUCACUUACUUCAAAUACAUUUGUUAAAGUUAGUAAAUAACAAUACUGCAGGGUAACAAGGGCAAAUUUAUAUAAAAAAUUACUGUAUCGUCGCUGAAAUCUAACUCUCAUAGAUAGUUUUCAGAAGUACAAAAUAUUGUCUUGAUUUCACACAAAAAAUAGUAAAGAUAAAUGACAUCCUGAAAGGCUUCUUCAAUUCAUUUAUUAAAAUUAAAAACAUGUGUCAUAUUGUAUAUCUAGUAUCUAUUUAUUCUCUGUUGAAGAGUCUAAUUCUUCAUAGAAAAUUAUUUGUAAGAACUGCACAUUAUUAUAAUUAAUUUUUGAAAUUAAUGAUAAUCCUCAAAGUUACUGUACUAUUAAAUUUUUAUAUGGGUUGUGAUAUUGUUAAUUCAUGUAAAGUUUAUAAUUCUUUUUACCUUUACAUUGUAGUUGAAGAUCUAUGGAAAUAAGAUAAUACAAAACAGAUGAUUUGCCACCAUUAUUAAUUACUGAAACAAAAUUAGUUCAACAUUUACAAGAAAAUUCUCCACUCUGUGAAAAAUUCAAAAAACACUUCCAGAUUGGAUUUUACAACUCUGUGUUGUUUGUAUCUAGGAAAGUUAUCAUGCAAAUUCUGUAAGAUUAACCUCAAUUUCAGUUCUUGCAAUACUUUUAUUUUGUAAUGGCAACAAGGCUUCAAUAAUAUUAUUUUUACUGGGCUACACAAAUGUUAUCAAUAUUGAUAUCAGUUUGUUAAUAAGAUCAGGUAAGUAAGUAAUGAAAAAUAAAUAUAUUAUAAAAUUCUAUUGUAAUGAAAAGAAAUGUAUAUAUUUCAUUUAAAAUUCAAAAUAUUUAACAUAAACUGUAUCUGGGAAAUUCAGAGAACUAUUGAUCAAGAUUUGACAAAAUGAAAUUAAUUCAGCAAAUGAAACAUUCACUGAAAAUUCUGUGAAUUCAGGGAAUAAUAUAUUCUUUCUUUAUGGUAUUUCAUCAUUCAAUUCUCUUUAAUCCAAGAUUGGCUUGCUGACAAGUUUUAUAUUUUACAUAUUUUUGAAAAGUAUUUUAAAGAGAAGUAGAAUAUUUACAAAAAUAUAAUUUUGAAUAUUAAUUUAAUACAUUCAUAUGAUGAAUUAAAUAAAGUCUGAAUUUCUGGUUCCCAUUUUAUCAAGUAAAUCAAAGUUGAAAAUAAUUAUUAUAAGUGAAACAGAAUGUUCAAAAAGUUCAAUGAGUAUUGUUGUGUAUCCAAAUUUAUCAUUCUUUGAAAAACCUUUACAUCCAAAGCUGUGAUGUUUGCAUACUUAUGAUGUAUUAGAGGAGACACUCAGUUGAAUAAAUGAGUUCUAUCAAAAUUAAAAUUUCUUUCCCAUAUGGCACACAUAUUUUACAGAUUUUUGACAAAAAUAAAUCAAUUCAAAGUGUUAUGAGAUAUUAAAUAAUAAUAAGCAAACAGAUAAGUUUCAAGAAACAUUACAUUAGCCUUUGGAUUUGUCCUUCACUACUGCUUAUUUUCUUGAAUUGAGCAGAAUAGUCAAUAGUUCCAUGAAUCAAGUAACAAACAAUGUCCGAUACUUUAUCGUAUCAUGACUAACAUACUAACAACCAUUGUGGCUAAUAUCAGUUCCAUAACAAACUUUUGCCAAUAGUCAUGGCAAAAGCAUAUAUUUCAGGCAAAUUUCAUCGUUAGAACUCCAUUCUACUCAUUUCGUGAUGUUAUAAAAUGAAAUAUAUUUUCAAUUAAUAAUACAAAAUAAAGACAUUGAUUCAACUAAACUUUGGUUAUUUGUUUCCUUAUAUAAAUGCUCAAUUGAAACUUCCACCUUUAUAUUAACUAUAACAUGAACAGGAAAAGAACUAGGUGGAUAUUUUGUUUGUUAGCCAAAUUAAAUCCGAUCUGGAUUCUUUUUUGAAUUGAAUACACUGUUAUCAAUUUACCUGAGCAAUAUCUACAAAAAAAAGCUGUGUAAUGAAAAAUUGUGUCAGUUACAUAUGAAGCAAAAAUCUCAGAACCUGUGCUAUCUUUUAUGUCAUAAAAGGUUAGACAAGAGAUUGAAAUGAUAGAAGACCAUGAGGUAGGUCAUGUAUCUAGGAAGAACUAUAAAUAGAAUCAUUGAAAAAUGAAAACAAUUUGUCACUUAAGGUCUUAAUUACUGACCAUAAUUGGCCUACAUUUUAUGCUACAAUCAUCUUUCUCACUUGGGAAAAUUUGUUGACAUCGCAUAGCUUCAUUUGGUAGGCUCAAGGCCAUAUAUUUACUAUAAAUUUCAAGAUAAUAGAAUAAAAUGUUUUGAAAAUACCUUCUCAUAUUUCUUCUAUCUCUGGAUACAUCACUGCCGCUUUUAUAAAUAUGUUUUCUAUUACAAUUACUGUAGAUAUUUUGCAUAUGAAAACGAGUUGUGUAUAUUAUUUUAUGAAAACUGAUGUACCAUACACCAUUAAAGAUAAAUAAACAUUUCUUCGUGCA